AUGCCUAGCGGCGGGGAGGGAAGGGAUAGGCAAAAGGGAAGAAGAGCGGGCUGUGAUACCCCCUCGACGCCGUCAAACACUGCUCCCCGCGCUGAAGAGCCCGGGGCCCACCCGACGGCAGCGCGCCCCGCCACCGCGCGGCCGCCCCGGUCCCUUCUCCCGCCCGUCUGUAGUAAAACAAUCGCUCUCCCGGCGUCUGCGGCCGCUGCCAGCGGUUCUGACACUGCAGGAAUGCGCGGUCUGGGGAAAGCUCCGCACUCUGGGGAGGGGCACGAGCGGGGUCGGGGAAGCUCCAAGAUGAAAGCGUGCAAUAACUACCAAUAUGGAUACCUCGCAGGGCCUGACACUAGCUUCUGGAUAAAAUGCAGGCGAUGGCUGCUGGCGGAUGCCGGCAGACACACUCAAAGGCCCUCUUGGACUUUCCGAGUUUCCCAUUCUCCUCUACUGGAGGCUGAGGCGGGCAGGCCCAGCGACGUCUCCCAGCCCCAACUGGGUUCGGACCUCAAGCCAAAAAUGAGAGGCGGCAGGAGAGCUUUUCUCGCCCAAAGAUGCUGGGUGGAAGCCGGAUCCAGCUGAAAAAUCUGAGUGAGAAGGUUUCAGGCCCAGGAGGACUUGAGAUA